GCCAUGCGCCCCAGCACCGACUCCACCCUGGACCCUGAGGCCCCGCGGCCGCCCGCGUCCCCCAGCCGCGCCUGCCGCCCGCUCGACUGGGCCUUGGGCGCCGCGCUGCUGCUGCUCGCCGGGGCCUGCGCCGCCACCUGCGCCGCCCGCUUCUGGGCCGCCCCCGGGGCGCCGGCUUUGCCGGUCCCCGCCUCCAGCCCCAGGUUCCGCGAGCUCCCCAGAGUCCAGCCCGAUGGUCCCGACGGUCCGCAGGGCGGCUUCGCGCAGCUUGUGGCCAGCGAUGUGCUGCUGAAAGACGGCCCCCUGCACUGGUACAGCGACUCGGGCCUGGCAGGCGUGUCCCUGGCGCCGGGCCUGCGCUACGACAAGGGCACCCAGGAGCUGGUGGUGGCCGCGGCCGGCGUCUACUACGUCUUCUUGCGCCUGGAGCUCCAGCGCGUCUUGGUUGGCGGCGCCUCAGGCUCGGUUUCCGCCGCCCUGCACUUGCAGCAGCCGCCCGCCGGGGCCGCCGCGCUGGCCGUGACCGUGGCCCUGCCGCCCCACUCGACGGUGGAGGACGCGCACUUGGUCGUGGGUUCCCGGGGCCGCCUGCUGCUCCUGGGCACGGGUCAGCGCCUGAGCGUCCACCUGCGCGCCUCGGCUGCGGCCAGCUCGGCCUGGCAGCUCGCUCAGGGCGCCACGACCUUGGGCCUUUUCCGCGUGGCCGCCGGAGACCCCUCCGGACUCCCGGCGCCGCGGCCCACCUGAAGCCGGCCCGAGGCGCCAUGCCCCUCGGGGAGAGACUCAAUCCUUUAUUCGUUCGGGCCCCUGAUGCUGGGGCCUGGCUGCUCUACCUCACCGGGCUGGGCAGGGGUCCCCGCUGCUAACCCCCUCCUCAAGGAGGGACCCAGAAUUUAGUUUCUGGUCUCUCCAUCCAACCCUGCUCCAGCUGGAACUUUUGGUAUUUAUUCUGGGUGAGAGCCCAGACAGUAUACUCUAUAUUGAUUGUUUCAAUUUAUAUUUAUUGAGCCCUGCUCUGUACCAGGCAUUGGGCAGAUGAUGGGGACACUUCGGCAAACAAAACCACCCCCCCAACCUUAUUUAUGUUAUUUUGGGAGAAAUAGAUUUAUCCCGAGCCCCCCAUGUGACUCAUGGGGCUAGCUUAUGGGUUACUUGUAACUGUGCUGUGUGUCAUUCAUUUAUCCAAUAAAUAUUUAUUGAGCACCUACUGUUUUAGGUGCUGGGGAUACAAGAGGGUCAAAACCCCCAGAUUUCACCGAGCUGAUCUUGGAUUUAUUUAUUUAUUUAUUUAUUUAUUUUUUACGUCUAUUGCAACUGUGUGGUGAAAAUACUAUAUAACAGCGUCCUGCUGCCCAUCUCUUCCCAACUCCUUGUUCUCUGACUUUUACUAGUUGGAAAUUGACCACAGUGGGAGGGAAAUCAGCAAAUUCUACUAAAUCAGGGCUUGAUUGAUCGUUGGUCGUCCAGAUUUAAGAAAGAGGUGGAGAAAAUGAUAAUGUUAAAAACGUAGAUUAAACUUAAAAGUGUCCUGUCUGUAGCUGUUACACUGUAACAUGAAACCAAAAAUUGAGGAAGUCUUCCUCUAGCAUUUGAAAACCAUGAUAUAAUUUAGCAAAUAUGUUGCUCACGUCAUAGCCAAGCAGGUGAAACGAGACAAUGAAUCCUUGUUUCAUUUCAGUUUAGUCUUUAAAAUAGGAAAGUAGCAACCUCCAUUCACAUUGUUGGAACCCCACUUGUUUGUCAGUUGCAACCGUAGGUCGCUAAGGAUAAGAGAAUUUGUGUAAAACCAAGGAAAGCAUUCUGCUGGAGUUCAUUGACUGUGGAAUUUGCAGCAAAGAGUAUUUUAUAUUUUUAAUCACUUGCAAAUUAUUUGCAACACAUCAUUUAUACCAAUAGCGUUACAGCAAACACAUGCAUGCAUGCACAUAUUCGUCUUUUUUCUCUGGAAAGCUGGUUGCUAAACCUUCACCACCAUAAAGCACUGUCCUCAUCACUGACCUGAUCAGUUAGUUCUCCCAUCCCCAUAAUUUCUCCCCUAUGCAGAUCUUCCUACUGGUCCAUGCAAACCAGCCGGGCCUUGGCUUCUUAUGGACAUAGAACAAAGGGGGAUGGGGUGGACAGAGAAGUCUCCUUGGAGGAGGUUGCCUUGAUGGGACCUAAGGAAGGGGAUGGGAAAUUGUGAGAGGCAGAGGUAGGAGGGACUGGCCUGCACUGGCCAGACAGAAGAGAAGGGUGGGCGACUGGGAGUGAAGAUGCAGAAGUGGAGGUCAUAUCUAUUGCCUGACCCAUUGCUACCCCUUUUUAAAGAGUUUGUCCCCAAGUCCCUCCUGAGUGGGCAAAGUGAUCAUUGAGGGGACAUGCAUGAAUUUGGCCACACUGGCCAAUAGAUUAUUGAAAUAAUUCCAUAUUAGUUGGUAAUUGGUUGUUACUCCAAGAUCCUUGGGCACCCUCCCUUCCCAGCCCCCAUACAGAGAAGC